AUGCACCUGCCUGUACCUACCUCAGUCUUUCUUUUGGGCACAGCAUCACUGGAAGUCGCUAUUCCUCAGCCCUGUACCUCCCAGUCCAUCCUUCAAGAGUCCGUCAACGUGACUCAGCUUUCCAAAGUCCCAUUUGGAUCCGUGAUCAACCACUGCACAGUUUCCGGAACAAUUGCCCUCACCUUCGACGACGGGCCGUGGAUAUACACAGCCCAGAUGCUAGACUUGCUGGCUGAGCACGGUGCACACGCAACCUUCUUCCUCAACGGUGCCAACAGAGGUCACAUCGACGCAUAUCCAGACCUGGUCAAGCGAGCUCUGAAUGAAGGGCACCAGCUCGGCUCUCAUACAUGGAGCCAUCCAUACCUCCCAAACCUCUCCAAAAAAGAAAUAGCAUCCCAAAUGACCGACCUUGAAUCUUCAUUCGAGCGCAUAAUCGGUCGCUCCCCAACCUACAUGCGCGCCCCUUACCUCCUAACCAACAAUGUUGUCCUGUCCACACUGAACGACUUGGGGUACCACGUUAUCGGCACGAGCAUCGACACUAAGGACUUUGAGAAUGAUCGUCCUGAUACAAACUGGCGCAGUUAUGAGAAGUUUUUGGCUGAGUUGAACGCUGGUGGGAAUAUCGUCCUCGCCCAUGAUACUUACCGGACUACUGUUGAGCUGCUUAUGUAUAAUAUGCUGGACGCUAUUGAGGUGCGUGGGCUUACUACUGUUACUGUUGGUGAGUGUCUAGGUGACCCUCCUGCAUUGUGGUAUCGUGAAUCGCGGUAA